UAUUCAACGGUUAUUGACGCACAAGCAAUGUGAAGAUAAACACGCUGCGCAUUACUUAUUCCAUUUCAUGUGUCGAUCGAACGCGGUUAUUCCCGCAUAAAGUAGUGCAGUUCCGGAAGAAAUCGCUGUGACUGUCAGAGCUCUAACAUGAAUUCUUGAUUGAUCCUAAUUUCUUAUUUAUCUGCCCGAACUGGACACGACUCGUACGUAGAGAAUCUUCUUUCGUAAAAAUGCUCCAGAAUCGGCUAUCGUUCGUGAAAAACAGGUUCACAGGUGGCGUCGUGACGCCGAACGUCGGCUUCAUUCGAGACGCGACGCUUCCUCGUGUCGCACGUCGCGACGCCCGUGUGUCAUAUUUUACGUCUGACACCGGCGGUUCGCGUACAAACGCGAACAAUUUCAUAACGCGUUGCCGAGCACAUUAAUCGACCUGCAUGAUCCAGUUAAUCGACGUACACAAAUGCCGAUUACAGAGUGAAGCACGGCCAUUCAGAAAUUCAAAUGAAUUCAUCGGCCGUAAAAGCUUGGUUGCAACGUGGCGAACUUGAGAAACUCGAAAAUGUUGUGUUAGAAGGUCGAGGUACGCGCCUGUUAGGUGAACAUUCGCCCGAUCUUAGAACUCGUGUCUUCCUGAAGGGACUCCCGAAUUAUUUGACAAAGAUUUCUCAAAUACAUGAUGCUGUUGCGCGCGGCUCGUUAGCCGAAACGCAGAAGAUCAUAUCCGAAUCGAAGAAGAAACUAGCGAUCGCAAAGGAUCCUUGCGGCACGCCGUUAAUACAUAAAGCGGUCUACUAUGAUCAACCCGAUAUCGUCGCCUGGCUAAUAGAAAAUUAUCCUAUUACUCCACAACAGAAGGAUAAGGAAGGGAGAACAGCUUUGCACUAUUGCUGCGCAUGUAAAGAUCCUGACGCGAUCUGGGAUCUUCUCAUAGAAAACGGAUGUGACGCUAGCAUUUGUGACAAGAGAGGCAAUCCGGCCGCUUACUACUUAGAACACUCCGCGGAAAUUGAAUUACCAGAAGUGGAAAUAAUGUCUCGACGAAGAAAAAGUACCGGAAAGGAUUCCCUGGACUUUAAACCCUCCAAUAUUAGAAUAUGGAUACAUAACAGAGAUAUUGGGAAACUGCAGCAGGUGCUGUGGGAGGGACAUGGAACUAAACUUCGAUGCGAGACCAGCAACAAUCCUCGGAUCAGAAAAUUUCUAGAGGCUGUGCCUUUUAUUAUGAGCACGAUAAAGGACAUCCAUACAGCAGUCAUUAAUAACGAUUUGGAAGGUUUACAAAAGAAACUAGAAGAACCCGUUUCACCUAUUGUUUUAUGCGGUAAAGAUGGCAAUGGCCUAAAUGUUCUACAUAAGGCCGCUGGAUUGGGAUACGCGGACAUCGCGCGAGAAAUUCUCGAAAGGAAUUCUGAAGCGGUAUUGGCUCAGGAUAACGAAGGGAAGACUCCAUUGCAUUAUGCAGCUGCACUUAAGGACGAUGGCGCCAUGUACGACCUCCUGGUGGAGAACGGAGCCGAUGAGAGUAAACUUGAUAACAGACAAAAAGCGCCCGCGUUUUAUAAGAAUCGCCCAUCGGAUGUGGACCUGUCGAAUUUAUCAGUGAUACCAGAAGCACCGCGUGGUACUAAUCCCAAAAAUUGGGACUGGAGGAUCUUGGAAAAACAGGCUGCGCGAGGAAUGAAGAAGGUAGUUAGCAGUGACAGCGCUUUCGGAAGCGCUGAAUCCACGAUAAAAGAUUCGGACGGCUCGAAGAAAGACGAGGAGGAGGCGGAGACCCCGAAUGGAGACGAGGAGGAAGCGCAGAAUGAAGAUGAAGCAAACGGGGAUGAGAAUAAUGAGGAAAAUAACGAAGAAGAAGCUACGAAUGAAAAUGGAGAGGAAGAGGCGGCGGAGGGCGAAGAGGAAGCGGACGAGGAGAAGGCAUCUUCGGACGAUGACGUAGUGAUCGGGCCUGUCGCAGAGCCAACGAAAGACGAGGAAGACGAGCCCGAGGCCGCCGCUAACGAGGACGAAGCUGAUGAGGAAUCCCCGAAGCUCGAGGAAAUCGCCGAAGGCGAAGAGACCGCCGUCGAGCAAGAAGAGAGAAACGAGCCUAGUACCGGUGAUUCCGGCGUCGACGAUCCUGCGCAAGACGAAGAGCAGCAGGUGAUCGUUGGUGAACACGAAGAAGCGCCGGAGGUAGAACUGAACGACGGUAGCAUCGCCCGGGAUUCGGAUGUGGACGAUCUACUGGAGAAUGGCAAUAUGGAACAAUUGGCGGCUAUGGUUCUCAACGGCGAAGGCCGACGAUUAGUCGGACGACAGUCCGAAAAUCCAGAACUCCAAGCUUUUAUCGACAACAUUCCAGCUUACAUGGGAAAAAUUCGUGCCGUACAUAUGGCCGCGCGAGAAGGGAAUCUUCGCGAUCUACAAAGUGCUCUGGAUCGGCGCAAAUUUGCAGUAGCACGAGACGAAUCGUCACCCCACGGCGCAACGCCGUUACAUGUAGCAGUUGUAUUUGGCAAUACCGCUAUCAUCAGGUAUCUAGCUGGGAGGUUUCCAGAAACCGCUCAUGCGAUCGAUGUCGACGGACGCACUCCGUUACAUUACGCUGCGACGCUCGCGGACAACGGUCAUUAUUACAAUCUCUUACUGCAUCUAGGCGCGAAUCCUUUAGUAAAGGACAACUUCGAGCAAAAGGCGGAUUAUUACAAGCAAAAUCAAAGCGACCUGUCGCACAAAAAGCUUCUUAACGAUUUCGGGGCCAGCGAGAAGCUUGCCGACGAAAUGCUGAGCGACAAAGUUCCCGGAGGUGAUAUCUACUCCGCCCGGCGGGACGUGAGCGAGCCGGAGAUGCUGUCCACGCUGGAGCGUUGCUUUCGGUUGCUGGCGGGCAACCGGCGAUCGUCGACGCCGAAGACACCGAACGCCGGUACACUAGUCGCUCGUUGCCUGACACGGCCCGUGUUCGAUUUGAUCAAGCACCGUGUGACUCGCAUGGACCACAAUCUCUUUGACGUGAUCUGGCCCGCUCUGAAAAGGUACGGUACCGUUACGAGCAACGGCACUAGCAGUGAGCACGUCAACAGCGCCAGGUCGACCAUCAGCAACGUCGCCGAUGACGACCACGGUUACGGCGUCGUCGCGCCCGACUUCGAAAGCUACGUUGUCUUCACGGAGUUCUUCGACCCUUUAAUCCGCGAGCUGCACUGCGUCACCGCGAGCGGCGAUCUGCUCGACCAUCCGCUACCGCGUUUUUUCAACAUAAACGAAGAGAGCGAGGAGGUCUCACCGAACGAACCGAUUGUCACCGCGAUCGAGAGCUACGAUUUGGACGCGACCACGAAAUUCAUUCAAGCCGGCAUUAUCGAGUGCACCCGAAACCUAGCCAACUACAGUCUACCGUUGACUCUGACGGUCAAUCAAUUUGAGGAAGUCGAAAGGGAGAUCACUAAUCAAUUAAUGAGCCCGGAGAUCAGCGAUCUAAUGGCGGAAGGCAGCAGUGAGGACGAAGCCGGAACCUACUUCACGCUCAACGAAAUUCUAGAACAACCUAGCCGAAUACGAGCGCAAUUGGCAGCAGCCGGUCUACUAUUACCGCUCACGGAGUACGAGCCGAACGACGAUCGUCGUCUACAUGGCAAGCACUGGCCCUACGGACGCGGCGUGUACGUCACCACCGUCGGCGACCUUGCCGUAUGGGUGAACAUCCAGGAUCAUCUGCGAAUCGUUUGUCGCACCAAUGAGAACCGACCAGGCCUGGUAGGCCGCGCUUACGUCAGGGUAGCUAAACUCAUGCUGAUGCUCGAUCAGAAGCUGAAAUUCAAGCGAGACGAGAAGCUAGGCUUCCUGACCGCGCGUCCGCACGCUCUCGGCAACACUCUCAGAUUCUGCCUAAUCAUCAAGUUCCCCGAACUCUCGAAAACGCCCGAUAAUCUGCGACAUCUGUGCGUGGUGCGCGGCCUGAGCAUACGCGACACUGUGAAGAGCGACAUGGUGAGGGUCAGCAAUCAGCAAUCACUGGGGAUCACCGAGCUGCAGACCCUGCAAGAUUUUACCAAAGCGGUGCACAACAUCAUUACGUUGGAGAAGGAACUGUCGUUAAACAACUCGAUGAAGAUCGCCAACCUGAUCACCGAUGACAACAGUGAGGUCGAUAUUCCGAUAUUUCGCACGGAAGAAGGUCGUUAUUUAGCAUCAUCAUUGGGUGAUCCCUUAAUUAAAGGAUUAACGGAAGUCGCUAAUGCACGUCCAAAAGAUCCUAUCACGUAUCUCGCGACGUAUUUGUAUAACUUCGCUAGCAAGAACAAAGCCAAUGAACAGGAAUCUGACGUUCUUAUCAUACCCGAUCGCGAAGAGGAAAAUUUGGAAAAUAUGGAGAACGAUCACUUCGACGAAGAUGCCGGUUACCCCCGGAGUCCAGAUUCAGAUAUACCUGAAUCCACUUUCAGCAAUCCUAAUAGAGACGAACAUGGACAAAACAUGAUACAUUUCGCGGCAGUUCGUUCCUAUUCGAAGGAUGGCUUAUACCACCUGCUGCUAGAAACGCAGGUUAACGUAGGCUUUAGAGAUGAGCUAUACAGAACAGCAAGGGAUGUCGCCGAACAGGCGAAUAUUCGUGAGAAUGUUGAAGAGAUCGACCACUACGUUGUUCAUCUAGCAGCGAGAGGAGAAACCGAAAAGUUAGUCGAACUUUUGCUUGAGGGCUACGAUCACAUUCUAGACACUGAAGACGACGAAGCAAAUAUCAUUGAUAUCGCUGCGCAAAGAGGACACGAAGCCACCGUGCAAUUUUUACAAUCAAUCCCUAACUACGUUAAUCAACGUGAGGAGGUACACGCUGCGAUUCGGGCUAAUGAAGAGGACCGUGUGAAGGAAUUGUUGAACAAAAAUAACGGGGGCGGAAAAUUACUGGCUGUUGGAAAGAAUUCGAUCGGCCGAUGCGCCUUGCACAUCGCCGUGCUUCGAGAAAAUGAAGACCUCGUUAGAUUCAUCGCAAAAACAUACCCAGAAACAUUACGCAUCGGCGAUAACUUGGAGAGAACUGCCCUUCAUUAUGCAAUGGGCGUACCAUCUGUAGAAGUUUUAAGUAAUAUAUUGAUUAAAACGGGUGCGAAACGCAUUAUCAAAGAUUUGAAAUCUCGGCAGCCUUCGUACUACUUUAUGAACAAGUCUGACAUCGAGCGACUUCAAGAAGAGGAAAAAUCUAUGACUAUGUAAAUUGUACGACGCUAAUACCCGCACCGAUUUCGUAAUUAUACACUUUACAUAAUAUAUUCAUGCAUUUCAUUGAAAUGUGUAUUGAAAAGUCAGGGUUGACCAGAAAAGGAAAACGCAAGCUGAUAUAAAUACAACAAUUCGCAAGAAAACCUGAUUUAAAAUGCAUAUAUUUUUAGUUUAAAAAUAUUAUGUAUUGAUUAUUUUCGAUGUAAACUAUAAAAUAAGUGUAUUUCUUAAGAAAUUUAAUAACCCUUCUACAUGUUUUUUUAAAAUAAAUAUUUUCAGUUCUAGAUUUUAUUUGCAUAUACUAAGUAAGGGAUAUCUUGUAAAAAAACUGUAUCAUGAGAACAUAAACUUGCGGCCCUGUUGAAAAAAAUUCAAACAUUAGUGUGUCAUAUCAUCAAAACAAAGUACUUAUACUGAUUCAUAAAUUGUAUAAGUUACAUCAAAUGUUGAAACAAUUUAGUACCUUAUAAAUAAAUGUAACGAGAGACUGCAA